AUGCGCUUUUCUUCAGCCACCAAGGCCAUCUUCGUAAUGGUCAACCACGUUAUCGCUUCCCAUUAUCCUCCAGAGCUUCUCCAUCCUGGUACGCUUUUUGGGCGCGACAAGUACGCUUCCGAACUACACACGCGUCAGAAUCAAGGCGGAAACCAGGGCAACAAUCAGGUCAAGUUUUGGGACUAUAGAGAGGCUUGCAACAAUUGCGUUGACAACUGCCCAGCCGGAAAGAUCAUCAAUCCGAAUGACUGCAGUAAAUGUAAGGACUGUCCGAAUGGUCAAAAGCCGGACGGAGAGCAGAAGAAAUGUGUCGAAGACAAGAAGUCGAAGAAGUUCAAUGAGGUCUACAAAGAAAAACGACAGACGUAUAAGGAGAAUCGCGGUUUCGAGAGGUGGAAGAAAGCGCAUCAACGCACCUAUGACAGAGCACGCAACCGAGAAGACCGGACCAAAGUUCGGCGCAUGGCUCGUUGUCUUGCUCUCGUCCCCUUGGCCAUGGGUGUGGCUGCUGUCGAAGAAUACAGCGAAACCUUUGACGAGGACUGGACCGACAGCAUGGAAUUGCUUGAGUUUUGGCCCGAGGGGCUCGAAGUUGACGAGUGGGUCGACGACUCGUCAGACGAGCUCUUCGAAAACGACGACUAUAUCGACAAGUACGUCAACAUCGGCGAGGGAAAUCAAAAACGCGAGAUCGCCCUUGUCCCCGCCGCCCGUGGCCGUGACAACAUACCCAACAAGUUUUCCCGGAACGCGAUCCGCAUGUCACCCAGGACGGAUCUGGUGCUCCGCGGCGAUUUGACGAAGCGAUGCCCAAUUUGCCCGCUGAUUGUUAUCUUCCUGUCUGCUCUCUCGACUGUCGCAAGAACGGACAAAGAGGGCCAGCACGAGGAAAAUUAG